CGGCAGGGCGCGGGGCGGGGCCAAGGCGCGCGCUCUCGCGGGCGGCAGGAGGCGGCGGGAGCCGAGGCGGGAGCCGAGCGCGCGGGCGCGUCCGUCAACGCGCUCUGUCCCUUCCCCUCCCCUCUCCCCUCCUCGCCCCGGCCCUUCCACCAUGUCGGAGGAGAAGCCCAAGGAAGGCGUGAAAACAGAGAAUGAUCACAUCAACCUGAAGGUGGCGGGGCAGGAUGGCUCCGUCGUGCAGUUCAAAAUCAAGCGGCACACCCCGCUGAGCAAGCUGAUGAAGGCGUACUGCGAGCGGCAGGGCUUGUCGAUGAGGCAGAUUAGAUUCAGAUUUGAUGGACAGCCAAUUAGUGAAACAGACACACCUGCACAGCUGGAGAUGGAAGAUGAAGACACUAUUGAUGUGUUCCAGCAGCAGACAGGUGGAGUGUGUUAAGACAUGCCAUCCCUUGGAGAAGAGGAGUUUAAGGAUCCUCAUCACACCCCACUCUCAUCUGUCCUUGGAUUUGCUAUUAAAUAGUAAACAAAUGAACAUGCCAAUCACACAAGAUCCUUUGAAACUUUAGAGGACAUUUACCAAAAUUGCUUGUUGUCUUUGACGUACUGCGUGUGCAAGUCAAAACAGUAUCUGCAGGGAUUAAUCUGUACCUUCAAUUGGGCCAAUUUGAUUUAAAUCCAGAUUAAGGAGUAUGCAUUGUCUGUCUGCUGUUACCUUUUUUGUUAUUUCUUUCUUUUUUAAUUUCUUAAACCUGUGGCCUAAAUAUUCACCCAUGUGUUAGGACAUGGCGUGUUCAUUCCUGGCUCUUGUUGGCCUUGCCCCUCAGUUUAGUUCUAACCAUGUAAAUAAUUCGGUAUAUGUUCAUACCACUGGUGAGAGGAAAAGUUUCCUUUCAAGAUAUGCUAAAGAGAAGGAAAGGAGAUUCUGGUUUUAAGGUUUUUAAUGUGUGUUCAAACACCAUUCCUUCAGAAGCUUUAAGGCUGUAACAUAAGGCUGGUACAUGCAGAUACAAUGCCUAGUAUAGAGCUGGAGUUUAAAGUACUGCAGAUUUACAUGUGCUUUGUCGUCUUAUGAUAAAGUCAUCUGAAAUACUCUUUUUUUAAUGCAGGAAGGAGAUUUGUCCUGAAUAAUUGUCAGAAUCUGAGUUAGCUAGGACAAAAAACUAAUGCUCCUGAUAGAGCAGCAGUACUUUUUGUUGUGCAAGCUUAUAAAAACAAGAAACCCAUCACUGCAACGUCAGUGGUUUACUGAGGGGCAGAACCUGUCACCUCCUGCUCCCUUCAGUAUGGCUCUCAUUUCUCAGUGGGUACUGCAAGCAUGUGGCCUCAGGUUUCUUUGUAAUACUUGUUUUUGGUAGAUUAACUUGUUAAAUGGGGAGGAAGCAUCUUUCAGUGUCACCAGGCUGCCAGGCUGUAUGUGCAGAAGAGCUGUCAAGAACCUGGUGAACAAAAGAGAGAAAUGUAUGUACAGGUGUUCGAAAUAACCAUCUGUUAUAAUGUCUCCCCAAACUUGAUGAAUUUUAAGUGCAUUUGUGUGGUGGUUUGAGCUCUAUGCAGAGUGUGGAGCCAGUUCCAGAUGAGUUUUUGCAAAGUCCAGGUUGUAGGUUGUCCACUGCUGCUCCGUGGGAUCAUUACCUGCCUUUUAUAUCCACCUGACCUGUUUGGCCAUGUUGGAUCAUCUCCCGCUUGCUGGGAAUCUUGCUGGAAAGGCCCUUAUUUUCUUUUUCAUUUUCUUGUAUAUGGGCUGGGGUGGGACAUCCUGUAGACCUCACUGUUUAUUCACCAAUUUGUACAUUUAUUUGUUGUCCUUUACUAUUGUAUACAGUAAAUAUAGUUUGGUACUCUG